UUUUGCGAAAAUAAGAUACAUAUUUUUUGUCGUGAAGUUACUUGACGAUUCAACCUAUUUACUACCACUUACUAUAUUGCUUUUCUUUUCUAACGGCAAUCUUUAGCAUUUGCAGUAUUUUAUAGGACAAUAAGUUGGAUCGUGUGAAUUAGAUGUAACUGAGUUUAAAAAAAAACUUUUUUUUUACUAACAACACCGGUUAACUGUCAAUAUCAACAUGUCAUUCAAUUCAACACGUAUUUGUCAAUGUUUUUAUUGCUUUUAAAUAAUUACUCAUGAUUUACUCUUUAAUAGCUACUAAUUCUUAACUCCUAAGAUAAAAUGGACAAUAGCCUAGCAUUAACUAUGGAAAAUGUUCUGAGAAACGAUACGGCUUGUAGAAUAUGUUUAGCACAAGGCGAAUCCAUGCAAGCCCUAUUUGUCGAAGGGACUGGUAUCAUUGAACAAAUAGAAUAUUGUACUGGCAUAAGAUUACUCAACGAACCAGCCCUCCCGUCUCACAUCUGCCCGGCCUGCCUCACGCACCUCACCAUCGCCCACUCCUUCAAAUCCACCUGUCUGUCCUCGCAUCACACGCUCCACCCGCACGCUCAGACGCUUGUCAACACCGACGUGAAGGUCGAGCGGGACGAUGAUUGGGUCAAGGAGGAACGGAAGAGUAGGAGGGUUAAAAUGAAGAAGGAGAAGGAAGAUAGAACAAAAAAUCGGAAACCACCCCAGACAGCUCACGAAUAUAUCUACACAGAAAACAAUCAAACUAUGUACGUCAACAUUGGGAACAGUUUCACCCCAAGUAUACCUUCAACCGACAGAAUACCUGGCGCCUCAGUCUUAGAAAAAACACCAAAGAAGAGAUCUAAAAAGGGCUCCGCAGACGCUUCUAACUGGGAAACUAAUAAAAAAAAGAAAGCUAGAGAAUCCGGUAGAGCGUAUUUAAGUCAGAAACGUAUAAAAGGCGUAAAAGUUGGCUUCGAAACUAGAAAAGAAAGAAAAAUGGGACCGCCAUGUUCUUCAAGCUUAUGUAGAAAAAGCUCAAAGCGACGAUGCGAUAUAGUCAAAGAUAAAGACAGAAAAUACUGCUUCAAUAAAUUCUGGGGUUUAAAUUGGUCAGAUAAAAAACAAUAUAUAGUAGAUCUAGUUGAUGUUACUAACUGUAAGAAGGUUAACGGAGAGUCGAGGAGAAGUAAGACAAUUAAGUAUAAUUUGGAGGUGAAUAAUGAGUGCUGGCCGGUAUGUAAGAAGAUGUUUUUGAAUACGUUAAGUGUGGGGGAGAAGACUGUGCUAGGGUGGUUAGAAAAAGCUUGUGAACAGGCCAUGAAUAAUACAGAUUGAUGUAUACAGUAAAUGUCAAAUGUUGUCUAACUAAUCAAAUUAAAUAAAGAAUAAUUUAUUGUCAGAUAACUAAGACGCAAUUAUUAUAUUCUGUGCCAGAAGAGUCCUUGUCGUUCAUUUGCAAUAAGGACGAAUUUCAGUUGAAAUUUAAGAUGAAAACGUCCUUAUUACACCAGAAAUUAAGGACUCUUUAGAAUGCAAUACCACAUAUAUUUACAUACUAACAUAGGUAACAUAUAAUUAUAAUCAUUUAUAACCAACCAUAAGUUUCUUGUAUUUCUGCCCCUAUGUAUACCUAACUAGCUAAACUAAUUCAAUCUUUGGACCCCCAUUUCACCCCCUUAGAAGGUGAAUUUAGAAAAAUCCUUUCUCAGUGCGUCUAUUUCUGUUUAUUUCAGUAAUUUUUUAUAGAAUUUUACAAACAAAACUGUUAAUCUAUUAUUAUUUAGAUUCUAAUUGAGUUAGGUCUAAUUGAGGUCAUGCAUUACAUUAUAGUUUCAAAGUUAGUAUUAUAAUAAUAUACUAGCUUUUGCCUUCGGCUUCGCUCGCGUUAGAAAGAGACAAAAAGUAGCAUAUGUCACUCUCCAUCCAUUCAACUAUCUCCCUUUA